AUGAAGGUUUGCCUCGCAGCAGCUCUCGUUGCCGCCUUCACCGCGACAGCGAUGUCGCAGGACUCUCCUGCUGAGCUUCUUCGCGAGCUGCAGGCCCAACGAGAAUUGUUGGAAGAGCAGCGCAAGGAGCUGAAGCAGAUGGCCGAAACUCAGGAGAGUAUGGCGGGCGCCAUGGACUCGGCGUGGCUGGUCCUUUGUGGAGCGCUGGUUAUGUUCAUGCAUGCAGGAUUUGCCAUGUUGGAGACUGGCUGCUGCCGUGCUAAGAAUGCCUCAAACGUCCUGAUGAAGAACCUAGUCAAUGUGUCAGUUGGCACAUUGGGUUGGUGGAUCUUUGGCUGGGCCUUUGCUUAUGGGUCCCAAGCCGGGUCUUUCAUUGGCACGGAUGGCUUCUUCGGCCUCGGUUUCUACAACAAGGAUGCAUCGGGCAAUAUCGUCCCCGUGGAAUGUGACGACGGGAACUGCCAGUCCACCAUGCUGAGCUGGUUCUUUCAGUGGGCCUUCUGCACAGCUGGUGCCACCAUCGUGAGCGGAUGUGUGGCGGAGCGUGUCAAGAGUCCCACCUAUGCUGUGUUCGCCUUCUGCAUGACCAGCUUUAUUUACCCAGUGAUCGUCGCUUGGACCUGGGGCGGCGGCUGGCUCGCCAGCAUCUUCGGUGUGGGAUAUAUGGACUUUGCAGGAUCAGGCGUCGUCCAUUUCACAGGAGGCGUUUGCGGCCUCGCUGGCACGGUCAUCCUCGGCCCCCGGAACGGACGAUUCGAGAAUCCUGAGGAGUUCGAGUACCACAAUAUCCCACUGAUCGUGCUCGGCACCUUCGCGCUGUGGUUCGGCUGGUAUGGCUUCAACCCAGGCUCCACUCUCUCGAUGCACGACAAGGAGAUGGGGGCCCUUGCGGCACAGGUGGCCAUGAACACUACUCUUUCCGCCGCCACCUGCGGGAUUUCUGUGUUCCUGCUGAAGUUCGUGCUCACGCGCAAGUAUGAUGUCGGAGCUCUCUGUAAUGGCAUUCUUUCGGGCUUGGUGUCCAUCACUGCGGGGUGCGGAAACAUGGAGUGCGGCAGCGCUGUUCUCACCGGCUUCAUUGGUGCUUUCUUCUACCAGGCGGCGUCAAGUCUCCUUGUGAGGCUGAAGAUUGACGACCCCGUGGAUGCCAGCGCUGUGCACGGAGCCUGUGGCGUCUGGGGGCUUCUUGCCACUGCUCUCUUCGAUUGGGGCAAGGGCUUUGACCACUAUCACGGCUGGAGCGGUUUCGGCUGCAUGACGAGUGACGACGGUGCGUGCAGCAAGGGCAUUGGAGGCUCCGCCAUCGCAGCGCAGCUUGUGAUGAUUGUGGCCAUCAUCGCCUGGGCCGGGACGCUGUCCACGCUGUCCUUCCUGGCCCUGAGAUUUUCCGGGCUCCUUCGUAUCGACGAUCACACUGAGAAGAUCGGCUACGACAUGCAUUCGCACUCUCCGCCGAAGGCUUAUGCCUUCAGUGGACAGGACCCGAAGCUGGAGGACUCUUCCCCACAAAAGCCGGUGCAUGUAUGA